AGUAUCGUACUUCUACUUACUUGUAGAUAGUUCGUUGUGCCUCAGCUUCUGGUCGUGUCCUCAUCAGUUUUGCAGCAAUCUUCUGGUCUGUACUAGCGGUAUUUAACAAACAUUGAAAGAACAAUGUGAAAUACGCUUGCCCCCGAUUCUUGCGAUUUUUUUCUUAUUUCUAAACUUUUGUAUUCGUCUCACCAACACCCCAUACGAAAAACACACGUUUCAAAAACAUGGUUCGACUCCAGCCCGGGAACAAGCCCGGCGCUGCGGCGUCGGGCGGUGGGGCGCGCGAGAAGGAGCAGAAAAACAGCGACCUCACCGGGAAUACUAUGCGAAUACAGACGGCGCGCGGCAAGGUUUAUCUUUUCGGAGUCCGCCUGUUUCAGAACGACUGGACCGGCACGGUGAUAACCGGGUUGAUUCUCGGUAUAUUCGUGGCCAAGUGCUGCGGCUACUUCGGAUGGUCCGCGCCGGGGUCGGACGAGGCGUAUUACACCUUGGCGUGUCUGUUUCUUAUCUACGGCAUGCUGCUGGCUGCGGAUCUGCAAAAGAGCAUCGGCGUGGACGUGGUACUCCUCGCUUGCCUUUCGGUCGCGUUUCUGAUAAAACACUCGGAUUCCAUCCUGCACCCGAGUAGUAACUUUGAGGUCAACUGGGUCCGUCCGGUGGCGUUCACGGUGUUUGGAAUACCAAUACAGAGCUUCGGGAUCUGCAUGGCCGCGGCGUUUCUGGUGUGCCACGAACUCGCAGAACGGGAGUUCUCAGUGAAUAAGGUAUAGAAUUAUAUUUUUCCGGAUGUGCGACACCGGAUGAAAUUUUGAUUGUUCCUUGUUCCCUACGUCAUCAUUGAUUUCACAAACAUAUCACCCAUUUCAGAUAGAAUGUGCCGCGGGUCCGCUUUUGGUUGCAGCGACGGUCGGGGGCCUUUUCGGUGCAAAGGUGCACUACGUAAUCUUGAAUGCCCACAUAGACGACGCCGCGUUUUUUGCCCCAGGCUUGGUGUGGCAAGGCGGAGCACUCAUGGGGGCUGCCUGCGUUAUUGCGUACGUGAAGGUACUAGCGAAUUUUGUCAACUGCGGGUUCUUCAUCUGCUUGACGCAUAAUCUAUCAAUUGUGCAUGACUAGUAUUACAUCAAAAAAAACCGGCACAAAGUCUCGUCCACAGAACCAUGAAAAUUCUCAUCGACAGUCCUUCUCCACUGAGAUCGUUCACCGCGUAUUAGACGUGUCCGCGCCCUUGCUCCCGCUCGGGCACGCGAUCGGAAAAAUCGGCUGCUUUGUCUCGGGCGACGGUUGCUACGGCCCCCACAGCAGCUACUACUUCGCGAUGAGCUUCCCGCACGGUCGGCUGCCGACGAAAAGGCCGGUGCACCCGACUCCCAUCUACGAAAUGAUCCUUUCCGGGCUGGUUUUCCACUACCUGUGGACGCGACGGCACGUCGCGCUGUGGUUCAAGGGGGACUAUCAAAUGUAAAAGUGUCUGGGUCUGGAAGACUCAUGCUGUUUUUGCAUGACACAGAAGGUCUGGCAUGGAAGCUCUAGCAUCACACGUCUCGAGAAGCUUCCGCAAUGCCGAAUCCGCAUGACAAAUGCCGCACUCUGGUGACAGAAAGUGGGCAACUUUUGCUAACUAUGCAUGAGAGAUUUUUAUGUGUUGUGAAAUGCGCAUCACAAGUUUGUCUUCUUCCAGACCCAGACAUUUUUGCAAUUCAUAGGGACCAAACGACGCUGAUGUUCCUCCUGACCAGCGUCACGAGGUUUAUCACGGAAAUUAUUACAAUGAAAAAUGCCCCCACCCCAGAACUUGGCAGCAUUUGUAUUGCGAACCUUUCCAAUGGAAACACUCCCCGUCUUGCACAUAUCAGCAUCACAAAUCCUCCAUGCUGAAUAGCUCAGAUUUGUGUUGCAAAGGAGCACAACAGCAGCCGCAUCUGUUAUGCAAAAGAUACCUUGCGCACCUAAAUUCUGCAUCAGCAAUGAAUGCUCGUAGUCCUUUCAUGCAAGACGAAAAUCUUUCAUUUGGAAACUUUGCAUGAGAAACUUUUGCCGGGGGCAUUUUUCAUUGUAAUAGAAAUUUGGCGAGACCACAACCACGACGGCCAGGCCGAGCCGCUGUGGCCCUGGAAUCAGCAGCAGAUGAUCUGCGCCUGGGUCUUCGUCUUGUCCUGCGUCACCCGACUACUCAUCCGAUGGCAGGCAUUUGUAGAAACGAGCAAGGCCAACGCGCCAUUAGUGCCUGGAGAGAACAAAGGGGAAGAAGGGGGAAAGAACGCAAAUGAGAGCAACGCCAGACAAACCGUAAACACGGGUGGCACCACAUCGAAAAAGAAAAGAUAACGACUUUAUUAUAGGUCGAACUGACAUAAGAAUGAACACCAAUGUUGAGAAAGAGAAGAAGAAGCAUUUCUUUGCGGCUUCCAAGAAGCCCCAUGCGCUUUCCACAUCGCAACGUCGACAU